AUGCCUCAGUAUCAAAACUGGGAGGAGUUCAGCCACGCAGCCGAGAAGCUCUACCUCGCAGACCCUAUGAAGGCACAUGUGGUUCUCAAAUAUGGGCAUUCUAAUGGGAGUCUGUGUAUUAAAGUAACAGAUGAUUUAGUUUGUUUGGUGUAUAGAACAGACCAAGCUCAAGAGAUAAAGAAGAUUGAGAAAUUCCACAGUCAACUAGUGCGACUUAUGGUAGCCAAGGAAUCCGGCAGUGUUGCCAGGGAAACAGACUGA